AUGGCCCAAUCAGUUCUCUCCCGUCGGGCACAAGAUGUCGUCGACACAGGAUCUGAGAACCCCAUGUGGGACGUGAUGAAGGAUACAUGGGAUAUAUCAGAAAACCCCAAUGGAUACGUCAACGUGGGCGUAGCAGAAAACACACUGAUGCACCCCGAGCUCUUAAAAUUCAUCAACAAGAAGCUCGAGCUGCCCGCAAAGUAUCUCACAUACAACGACGGCGGAUGUGGUUCUUCCAGAUUGAAGGCUGCUGUCGCUGCUUUUUUGAACCACAACCUGAAGCCAGUCACGCCUCUCGAGCCCAGCCAUAUCAUGGCAACCAACGGUGUCUCGUCUGCGAUUGAGCAUGUUGUAUGGUCAUUCGCCGAUCCCGGCGAGGGAAUCCUCUUAGGAAGACCGUACUACGGCACGUUCAUUCCUGAUAUCUCGCUGCGUUCAGGGAGCUUGGUGGUUCCUGUCAGUUUCGGAGACCACAAUCCUCUCAGCCUUGAGGGCGUGGAUAAGUACGAAGAAGCAUUGCUCGAGUUCCACCGUAAAACCGGAAAGAAAGUCAAGGCGUUGAUGCUUGCGCAUCCUCACAAUCCGCUCGGUCGCUGCUAUUCCAGAGAAGUGCUUAUCAAGUUGAUGCGGCUGUGCCAGAAAUACCAGGUUCAUCUCAUCAGUGAUGAAAUCUAUGCUCUUUCAACUUUUGAAAAUACCGUCGAUAAAUAUCCCCCACCUGUCAAAUUCGAAUCCGCCCUCUCUAUUGAUCUGACUGGUAUUAUCGAUCCUCGAUUGGUUCAUGUCCUUUGGGGUAUGAGCAAAGAUUUUGGCGCAAACGGUAUCCGACUCGGUAUCAUUAUUUCCCAGGCCAACCGCGAUGUCCAUAUGGCGUUGACAGGCCCCGCGCUUUAUUCUUAUGCUUCUGGAAUCACGGAUCACUUGACUUCUCUCAUACUGGAGGACUUCGACUUCACCAAUCAAUACAUUCAGCAAAAUCAGAAAUUGCUAUCAGAGUCCUAUGCAUACACGGCAAACUACCUGAAAGACCACGGAAUUGAGUAUGCAACAGGAUGCAAUGCUGCUUUCUUCGUCUGGAUGAACCUGGGAAAGAAAUACCGCGAGCUUCACCCCGAGAAUGGGUGCGAGGAUGUUGGGGAACAAGUCAUGCAGCGCCUUUUGCAACGGAGAGUGUUUUUGGCCAGCGGAUUUCUUUUCGGAUCGGAGAAGGAUGGAUGGUUCCGAAUGGUGUUUACACAAGGCCAUGAAUAUUUGAGUGUGGCUUUAGAAAGGAUAAUCGCAGCCCUUGAGGAAUAA